AUGCGAUCUCUGACUGCAGCGUCUACUGUCCGAUCGCUGCAUCCGAUUAGACCUGGAAGAACCCCACCUUGUCUUAGGACGUCUAUUGUAUUCCUAUCUUCAUCUUCAUAUUCCACUACUUCCUACUCUCGUCGAUUUCGAUUCCCACGUCCCGCUUCCAGAGCGACCGUUCUCAAAGCCGCGCCAACCAUCUCAUUCCUCAGUGCCUUCUUCGGAUCGAGCACGAAGGCCGAGAAGCCAGGAGACGCUAGCAGCAUGUCUUAUCCAGACAAGAGAAGCGAGGAUGAGUGGAGGGCUGUCCUGAGUCCUGAACAAUUCUAUGUUCUCCGUGAAAAGGGCACAGAGCGAGCUUACGUGGGCAAAUACGACUCCCAUUACCCGUCGGAGGGCGUGUAUACCUGCGCUGGCUGUGAUGCGCCUCUCUACAGAGCCUCACACAAAUUUAAGUCCGGAUGCGGCUGGCCCGCUUAUUUCGACUCCAUUCCUGGCGCGGUGAAGAGGUUCGAGGAUAAUUCCUUGGGAAUGCAGCGAACAGAGAUUGUUUGUAGUAACUGCGGGGGCCAUUUGGGGCAUGUGUUCAAGGGAGAAGGGUAUCCCACGCCGACGGAUGAGAGACAUUGCGUGAAUAGUAUCAGCUUGAAGUUUACUGAAGAUGCGACGAAGGCCAAGGUUUGA